CCGGGUCACGUGGCACGAGUGGAAUGCUAACAAUGUAGCGAAUGUCCCAACUGUGCCCGGCCGCCGCCGCAUUCGGAGCCCGAAAGGGGGAAAGGGAAGAAUGGAGACGGAGCGGGAGGCUGGGGGCGGCGGCAGCAGUCGAGGUAGCGGCAGGAGGCAGCGAAGAGGAGUUACGGCGGCGGUGGCGGCCCCCUGAUUCUCCCGCGGGCACCGAGAAAGGGAGGAGGCUGCGUGCGGGGAACCCCCUUCCCCGCUUGACCAAGACGAUACUGAAUAGCAGCGAGAUGGAAGUUUCGGGGUUCCCCUCUGUGUACAGAAAUUCUGAAAACUCUGAACUGAAGAAGCUUGAAAGUGGCACCUGCUCCUUGAGACUUAUGUAGUGUCAUAGACAUACCAGGUGACAUUGGAGAAUACAAAAGUGUGACACAGUCUCCGCUCCAGAGUUUUACCAUUUAUGUUGGAACUACUAUCAAGGGAUUAUGUUUUGCAGCAAACUGAUACCUUCAGGAAGAACCGCGUUGAAUGUCCCUUCGGUUUUAUGCAAAAGAAGUUGGAAUUUAUGCUGAAACAAACCUGGAUUAAACAUGAGGCCAAAGACUUUUCCUGCUACCACUUACUCUGGGAACAGCAGACAAAGAUUGCAGGAGAUCCGGGAAGGUUUGAAGCAACCUACCAAAUCUUCCAGCCAGGGAUUGCCCGUUGGACCAGGAGGCGAAACUUCUCUGGACCCUAAAAUUACAGUAGGGAAAGAUGCAGCCAGGCAGCAGCAAAUGAGACCAGUUGCCAAGUUUGGGCCAUACCAGAAAGCACUGCGAGAAAUCAGAUAUUCUUUGCUGCCCUUUGCUAAUGAGUUGGGCACCACUUCUGCAACGGUUGAAGUUAAUAGGCAGAUGCUCCAGGAACUGGUGAAUGCAGGGUGUGAUCAGGAGAUGGCUGUGAGAGCCCUGAAACAAACUGGCAGUAGAAGCAUUGAAGCAGCUUUGGAAUACAUUAGCAAGAUGGGAUACUUGGAUCCCAGAAAUGAACAAAUAGUCCGGGUGAUUAAACAGACAUCUUCGGGAAAGGGUAUUAUGCCAAACAACAUAAGCCGCAGGCCAAGUUUUGAAGGGUCCAGCGAAUCUUUCCCACCCUACCACCAGGUUAGCAACCCGGGCUAUGAAGGUGCAGGCUUUGGGGCAGAAGCUGCUAACAUGCUGGGUGACGUUCCCAGGCCGUAUAUGGACUACUUGCUCUCUGCUUCUCAGUCUGCAACCAUGAACUCUCCAGUACAAAGACCUGCCAGCUUAGGCUCCCACAACGCGCCUGGCAGUCACCAGCAGAAAGCCUAUCCCGCAAACAUGGAUGCCCCAGUGAUCAACUACCCGGUGGCUGGUCACAGCGGCCAAGCCUUGCAGCUUGGCUCAAACAGCCCUCAUUAUGGCAGGCAACCCGUGAUGGUGCAAGGGGAAGCUCAGGCUCUCGGCUAUGGGAUUCAGAGGAGCCAUUCUUUCCAGAACAAGUUGCAGCAGGAGGGAGGGUAUCCAAGCCUCCCGAACAAAGGAACAGUUGUUCAGAAUAACUCCAGCCACGGGUUCCAGCAAGCACCAGGCGGUCUGUAUAUGCCGCACUCCCAUCACAAGCAACCGAUCCCUUCCUCCCACCCAAUGCACGUGAUCUCCAGAGGAGGCCCAGCGUAUACGAACGAAUUUUCAGACAGCCCACCGCAGGGCCUGCUGACGCCAUCCAGAAACAGUCUGAACAUGGACCUGUAUGAUAUGAACAACCCUCAAGUUCAGCAGUGGCAGACGACCUCUUCGUCAUCGUCAUCGUCCUCAUCACGCCGCGACUCGUUACAGAACGCAGCCCUGGAAGCAUCGGUCCGGCAGCAUGUACCCUUCAGGCCUGAGGGCUGCGUCCCAAGCAGAACCAAUUCUUUCAACAGCCACCAGCAACAGAUGCCCAUAUCCAUGAGGCAGACUUCUCCAGGCAAAGCUGAGGCGUCCAUUACUUCUCCAAACACCAUCACUGCCGUCACAUCUGCUCAUAUUCUACAGCCAGUGAAGAGCACAAGGGUGAUGAGGCCUGAGCCUCAGACUGCAGUAGGCCCCGCUCAUCCUGGCUGGCUGGCUGCACAGUCUUCGGCUGUGGAUGGCUUAGGAAUGGCUGAACAGCACCCCCUUCCUGUUGGAGGAGCUAAUGCCUAUCAGCUAGAUGUGGACUAUAGCAAUCAGGAGCUGAGGUGCCCUCCACCUCCUUAUCCGAAGCAUUUACUGCUGCCCAGUAGUUCAGACCAGUUUGAUAUGAACUGCUUACGUUCAGGGAUCGAGCAGACCCUUCGGGGAGUCCCCAGCUCAUCAGGAAACAAAGCUGAGGAAAACGGGGAAAGGAACGACAAAAUCAAGUCGACCAAAGCGGAAAAGCCAGGCAAGGAUAAGAAACAGAUCCAGACGUCCCCAGUGCCGGUGCGGAAGAACGGCAAAGACGAAGAGAAAAGAGAGUCACGUAUUAAAAGCUACUCGCCAUUUGCCUUUAAAUUCUACAUGGAGCAGCAUGUGGAGAACGUCAUAAAGACCUACCAGCAGAAAAUCAAUCGCCGGCUGCAGUUGGAGCAAGAAAUGGCCAAGGCUGGCCUUUGUGAAACAGAACAAGAGCAGAUGAGGAAAAUUCUCUACCAAAAGGAGUCCAACUACAACAGGCUCAAGAGAGCCAAAAUGGACAAAUCCAUGUUUGUAAAAAUCAAGACUUUGGGUAUCGGUGCUUUUGGGGAAGUCUGCCUUGCCUGCAAAGUGGACACCCACGCCCUGUACGCCAUGAAAACCCUGAGGAAGAAAGACGUGCUGAACCGUAACCAAGUUGCCCAUGUCAAGGCCGAAAGGGAUAUCCUUGCAGAGGCAGACAAUGAAUGGGUGGUUAAGCUCUACUACUCCUUCCAGGACAAGGAGAACCUGUAUUUUGUGAUGGACUACAUCCCUGGCGGAGACAUGAUGAGCCUGCUCAUUCGGAUGGAAGUCUUUCCAGAAAAGCUAGCCCGGUUUUACAUUGCUGAACUCACACUGGCCAUAGAAAGCGUGCACAAAAUGGGGUUUAUCCAUAGAGACAUCAAGCCUGAUAACAUUCUGAUUGAUCUCGAUGGACACAUCAAACUGACCGACUUUGGCCUCUGUACUGGAUUCAGGUGGACACACAACUCAAAAUAUUACCAGAAAGGGAGCCACAUCAGGCAGGACAGCAUGGAGCCAAGCGACCUUUGGGAUGAUGUGUCCAACUGUAGAUGUGGAGACAGGUUGAAGACCUUGGAGCAGAGAGCUAAAAAGCAACAUCAGAGGUGUUUAGCCCAUUCAUUAGUUGGAACACCCAAUUAUAUUGCACCUGAAGUUCUCCUUCGUAAAGGAUACACUCAGCUUUGUGACUGGUGGAGUGUUGGUGUGAUUCUCUUUGAGAUGUUGGUUGGGCAGCCUCCGUUUCUGGCUGCCUCUCCCACAGAAACCCAGCUGAAGGUGAUAAAUUGGGAGAACACACUGCACAUCCCCUCCCAGAUCAAACUGAGCCCUGAAGCAAGUGACCUUAUCACAAAACUGUGUUGUGCUGCCGAAGAGAGGCUUGGAAGAAAUGGAGCAGAUGACCUCAAGGUUCACCCUUUCUUUGACUCCAUGGACUUCUCCACCGAUAUCCGCAGGCAGGCAGCUCCCUAUGUCCCAAAGAUCAGCCAUCCAAUGGACACCUCGAAUUUUGAUCCCGUUGAGGAAGAAGGCCCUUGGGAUGACGCUAGUGAAGAUAGCACCAGGGCAUGGGACCCGCAUGCUUCCUCCAGCGGCAAACACACAGAACAUGCCUUCUAUGAGUUCACUUUCCGAAGGUUCUUUGAUGACAAUGGAUACCCGUUCAGAUACCCAAAGCCUUCUGGAAUAGAAGUGAGCCAGUCAGAAAAUUCUGAUGCAGAAAGCAAAGAUGGGCUGGAUCAGGCAGGAGCCUGUCAACCCGUAUAUGUGUAAAUUAUUGUACAGAGUUCUACAAAAUUAACCCAUUUAUCCAUAACUUCCAUCUGAGCCUGCAGAUAGAAGGACUUGCAGACCAGGUCCUAAAUGCAAGCUGGUUUUGAGUUUAGGCUGUUUAGGACUGUAAAUAGCUAUGUUAAUAAUGAGUGCACUUGAAAUCCCGAUUUUCAUCAUCGAUUUCCAAGGACAGGCGUGUUCUUAUGCCAAGUUUUGCUUCUGGGUCACCGUUGCCCAAUCUGAGCAUUUACAAGCUUCCACAGUGUUGUGCUGUUUUAUUUCAUUUUCAAGUGAGCAGAUAGCACUUAUUUUUGUUUAUAGCAGGGUUCUGUUUAUCCUACUAAAUUAUAGGGAUUAAUUCAGACAAAUCAUGCUGCUGUUCUUCUUUUCUACAUUCUUUUUUUUUUAUGUCCAUCGCACUUACUUCACAUUUUUAGGAAAAUAAGUAAGACUGAAGAACGUGUGAUUAAAGGUCUCUGUGCAAUAAUGUUUUAAUAAGAGAAGAAAAUGUCCGCUGUCGUCCUAAAUUUACCAGUGCCAUUUUUAUUCACACCAUAAUAAUCUAUAUGUACUUUCAAUAUCCUGACAUCAUUUUUGAAGCUGCUUUAUUUCCCUUUUUAUUUUAAUUUAGUGUAAUCAAAGUGUGAGCAAGUGGCAAUCGAAGAGUGGUUUCAGUGACUGGAUUUGUGUAGAAUGUUGCAUGGAGCUGUGAUUAUGUUGUUUCUUCUGUUUUGAAAUGACCUAUUUCUUGCCAUUCACAGGCAGGUCCUGUGCAUGUACUUGUACUGAGGAUCUCAGCGACCCUCACGACUUGUCUGCUGAUAUUAUAUUGUGUGGAUGGUUUUGACUCUUUAUUAUGACUGUGUGUUCUGUAAAAACAAAUUACAAAGCUCUAAUUCAGGUUAGGGGUCAGUGGUGUGUACAGGGGAAGAGAGAGAGGGGGGGGGGUUAG